AUGUCCAACAAUAUUCGUAAUGGUGGGAGAGCGCAAUCAUUUAGCAUUCAAACAUCGGCUCCUCCAGCAGAGAGAGUAACCGACGAACCUGUCACAUAUAAGACCGCUCAGAGCACCGUUACCUGCGCUUAUCAGACAAACAUUGCUGGUUUCUGGCGAAAUGUAACCAUCUUGUGGUGCAAGAACAUCAUGAACCAUUCCCUCAGUAUAACAGUUGAUAGCCUAGAUGGUGAAAUUCAUCACACAUGCAAGAUUGACCUCAAGCCAUGGCACUUUUGGAGCAAAAAGGGGUACAAGUCCUUUGAGUUUGAUGGAAACCCAGUGGAUGUGUUCUGGGAUCUCAGGUCUGCCAAGUUUUCAGGUGGCCCUGAGCCGUCUGCAGACUACUACGUUGCCCUAGUUUCAGAUGAAGAGGUGGUGUUGUUGUUGGGGGAUCACAAGAAAAAGGCUUAUAAGAGGACGAAAUCGAGACCAGCACUUGUUGAUGCUAUACAGUUUUACAAAAAGGAGAACGUAUUUGCAAAGAAAUGUUUCUCCACCAGAGCCAAGUUUGAAGAGAAGAAAAAGGAACACGACAUUGUCGUGGAGAGCUCGACAUCAGGGCCUAGAGAUCCUGAAAUGUGGAUUAGCAUAGAUGGGAUUGUGUUGAUCCACGUUAAGAACUUGCAGUGGAAGUUCAGAGGGAAUCAAACUGUGUUAGUUGAUAAACUGCAGGUGCAGGUUUUCUGGGAUGUGCAUGACUGGUUGUUUAGUAACCCUGGCACAGGUCAUGGCUUGUUCAUUUUCAAACCAGGUGCCCCAGAAGCAGACAGUGACAGAGAUGGGGACAGCAGCCGUGGAGGUGACAGUGACACCAGCACAGGGAGCAGCAGGUAUUACAAUGCCCGAGCUGCAGCACCAGAAUUCAGCCUUUUACUUUAUGCCUGGAAGAUUGACUGA